AUGGCAAGCAAUGGAUUGAGUAUGUUUCAAUUCCCUCGUCUUACCAAAGAGAAUUAUGAUAAUUGGUGUCGUCGCAUGAAAGCCUUGUUAGGUUCUCAAGAUGCAUGGGAGAUUGUAGAGAAAUGUUAUAUCCAACCUCAAAAUGAGGCUAUUUUGUCACCAAAUGAGAAGGAGACUUUGUUGAAGUCGAAGAAGAAGGAUCAACAAGCACUUACUUUCAUUCAUCAAGGUUUGGAUGAAGCUAUGUUCGAGUUGGUGUCAAAUGCAACCACAUCCAAAGAAACAUGGGAGAUUUUGAAAACCUCCCUUGAAGAUUUUGGCAACAAGGUGUUGGCUAUUGUGAACCAAAUGAAGCGUUAUGGAGAAAAUAUGGAAGAUGUUCGUGUGGUGGAAAAGAUCCUUCGCUCCUUAAUCGCUAAAUUUGAUUAUGAGGUUUGUGCUAUUGAAGAGUCUAAGGAUUUAGACUCAAUGAUUGUAGACCAAUUGAUGGGUUCUCUUCAAGCCUAUGAAGAAAGGUUCAAUAGAAGACAUGAUGAGCCAUUGGAUCAAGUCCUCAAAGCCAAAGCUUCUUUGAAAGAAAAUGGAGGAGAAAGUAGUCAAAAAGCAUGUGGACGUGGAAGAGGACGUGGUCGUGGCCAAGGAAGAGGAGGAAGAGGAGAUCGUGAUAAUUUUGACAAUAAUGAAUGGAGGAGCCAUCAAUCCACUAGAAGUUGUGGAAGAGGAAGAGAAAGAGGUAGAAACAAUUAUGAAAAAGCAUAUGAAAGGAGGUAUGAUAAAUCUAAUGUUGAAUGUUUUAAUUGUCAUAAAUAUGGCCAUUACUCUUGGGAGUGUAGAACAAAUGUUGAAGAGAAGGUCAAUCUUGUUGAUGAUAAAGAAGAUAAAGAAGUUGAAGAGCCAGCACUACUACUAUCACUUAAUAAUGGUGAGAAGGAAGACAAAUGCUUAUGGUAUCUUGACAAUGGAGCAAGCAAUCACAUGUGUGGAUGCAAAGAGAAAUUUGUGGAACUUGAUGAGAAGGUGAAAGGAAAUGUUUCUUUUGGAGAUUCUUCCUAG